AUGUCCUUAAGCUGCAUAAUACUACACUUGCUGCUGGCCUCCACAGUUGCAGCCUCGCUGAACAGCUCAACAACACAGCCAUUACCACAAAUGGUCAAUAGUUCUUUGGUGUUGGACAUAGUGACGGGAUUACAUCAACGUUUGGAGUUUCACAAUUUUGUGUUUUAUAUCUCGCAACGUUUGUUAAGAGAUACGGAAACGUUUUCGAAUUUCUUUCAAGACUUUUGGCAGACAUUGCCCUUUAUACCGGUCACAAUUAUCAUAGAUAAUCCCCGGAGCAUGGUGGGUAUGCUGAGUACACCCUGCUUGUGUUUCAUAAUGACCACCGAAUGGCAGGAUCCUAUUAUGGAGUUGGCAGCCUUGAGCUUGAAAAGUAUACGCUACUAUCGGACAAUGUUUCUGUUAUUUCCCCAACAAGAAUAUGAGGAUGAUGAUUAUGAUGAAUUCAGCUUAAGUUUGGAAGAAAAUAUACGUUUAUUGUAUGACUGGGUAUGGAAGAAACAGUUCCUGAACACUAUGCUAAUAACCAUCAACAAUAAUAUCCUUCUGUACGAUCCCUAUCCCACUGGAAUUGUGGUGAAUAAAACCAGUAAUUGGUCAUUAGAGGAUAUAUUUAGGAUGGAAAAGCUUAACUUAAAAGGCUUUGCAAUUAAAACACCCAUACGCUAUGAUUUACCCCGAGUAUUUAGCUUGAGACGUUAUCCGAAUAAAGGACGAGUUAGCAAAUUAACUGGCACCUCAGGCAAACUAUUUGGAGCCUUUAUAAUGUCUAUUAAUGGCUCGUUCGAUGACAAGCUAAUACAUGAACAUGAAUUUGAGCCUUUUGAUUUAAUAGCCUUCAUAAAAAUGGUGGAGACCAAGCAGGUGGAGAUUAGUGUUCAUUCUUAUACCUCCAUGAUAAAUGCCUCGGUUGGCACCAGUUAUCCGAUUGGCAUUAAUGACUGGUGUCUCAUGGUGCCUUAUCGUAAUAGCUCGCCCGAGUAUAUGUUUCUGCAAAAGACCUUUCACCUAAGCAGUUGGCUUUUGCUAUGUUUUGCUGUGCUCUAUAUCAUGCUGGGCAUUUGGUUGUGUGCUCCCCCCCAGGAAAGAGACUUAAGUCUAUCAUUUUUGGAAUCCAUCAGCUCCAUAAUGCAGUUGGCGCCUUUGAAACUUAUAACUUUGCCUUUCAAGCGUUUGCGUUUUCUAUUUGUGCUGUUAUUUGUGGUGGGCUUUUGCCUUAGCAAUAUUUAUUUAACGAAAAUGGCCAGUAAAUUGACCGCCUCCAGCGAACCCCGACAAAUUGAUAGCAUACAGGAUAUCAUAGAUGCCAAGUUAAAUAUCAUGGUGCUGGGUUUGGAAUACAAUGCAUUGCUCCGCAUGAACAAUAGCCCCGAGUUUCUGAAAUUCGUUAUGUCUGUCUCUAAGCCAGUUAUGGACAAACAUCGUGAUUGCCUGAAUACCACAUAUGGCUAUAGUGUGUCCACCGAUCGUUGGAGAUUUAUCAAUAAACAACAGGAUUUCCUAAAGAAGCCUCGAUUUCGCCUAACCACCAUAUGUAGUGGUCCGUUUUAUCAUGUGUUUCCCUUGCAAAAGGAUUCGCAUCUGCUGCAACCCUUAAAGGAUUUUAUAUUGGCUGUCUCUCAAUCCGGUUAUAUAUUCUUUUGGGACGAAGAGGCCUUCGAUGAUGCCUUAUUUUUGGGUUAUGUUCAAAUGUUUAAGAACGAUCAUGGAUUUACAGCCUUGUCCAUAAAUUUUUUUCUUUCGAUUUAUGUGGUGUGGUUUUUCGGUUUGCUGCUGGCUGCAGUAAUUUUUUUAUUGGAAGUUAAAAGAGUGACUAUAUGGAAGAUCCAUGAAUCAAUGGCCAAAGGGGUAAGAUGCUUAAAGCGAAAGUUUAAUGGAAUGUAA